UUUUAUUUUCGUUCCAAAUAAAGAGUAUUGAAAUAUAUUAUUGUUUCGUUACCAUUAUCAAAUAUAGGCUUCAGUCAUAAGCUUCAACGUAAUGCCAAAUAACCUCACCUAUUUUACUUAUAUCCUUCAACUUGGUAUUUCGUAUUUAAAGCAAUUUAUUAGGAAUAUUGCAUACCUACUAAUGGACACUACAUAAUUAUUUAUACGUUCCGCUUGGACAAUAGCAUUGUAUCAUAGAAUAGGAUGUUACAGUAAAACAUCAGUCAAUAACAGAUACUUCAAUCUCUAUUUGUCAAAAUGGCAUUUUCAAAAUUUACUAAUACUCAUUAAAAUCUCUAUUUCUCAGCGUACAGACGCUCACUCAUUAAAAUAUACCUACAAUAAAUGUUUAUAAAGAAAACGAGUAAUCAAACAACUGAUUCGCAGAAGAUGGAAAAGGAGGCUUUUAAAAUUUUAUUGAUCGCGGCGCCACCUAUCUGAUCAUUCGCGAAACCGUGUGAAACAAUGGUUCCGCAUCUUUCCGCUUUUCCAUCAUACGCCUGACACAUGUACAGGUUUCAUGAACCCGGUACGAUAAACUGCGUACUAUACAAUUGGUUUGAUAAAUGAUUGUGAUUUUGGUUCAAACGCGACUCGAUUGAGCUUAUCUUCUAUUGAUUAAGCCGAUAGAAUUGAACGUAAAAUCAAAUGUUAAUUUACAUUACAGAAAUUCUAAUAAUUCAAUUUUCAAAUCCACUUUAAGUAAAAAUAGCUUUAAAUUUCAAAUUACAUCAAAAAAAUAUCCUGUUUAAUUUUAAUUUCUAAACUCACCUAAUUCUGGUCAUGGUAAUUAUUAAAAUUUUGCAAUUGUUUUUAUUUUUUUAUUAGAAAAUAUCUUUAUAAUCAUUGAACGAUGGCCCGUAACUAUGGCGCGUAAGUAUAGCGCGUAAUGUAUUAAGUGCAAAAUGGUUAAAACAGCGUCGAUCGGAGAUGUCGUUGUUUAUAAGGUAUACUCGAGACUUGUUGUUCGUAAAUCUGACGAGGUGAAACAACUUGUCCUCGGGCGAGCCAUUUUUUUGCCACUAGAGAUUUGUUUGGUCGCGGCACAGGGCUGGCCGACUGUCUCGACGGAAACCCAUAAACAUGAUCAAGUCUGCCCGACUGUGCCGCUUUUUUCCUCCGCCCCACCCGGACGUGGGCGUCGACGAUGUCGCGGGCGUUACUAGACAAAUGGAGGGGAACGCGACUCCCAAUACCUACCGUUACAUUAUCGAAAGGGACGGAGAAUUGUAGUUGUUAUUGGCGGAGAGGGACUCGCUCCGCCCGGCAGGCGCGGUCUAACGGUACGUCCCCUAGGUUGGAGGGGCUUUGGUUGUCGAGCGCGCGCCAGUCGGUGUUGAACCUCGGAAGCGUGAAGAAGGUACAGGCCGGUCGCUGACUAGCACGAGGGUCGACAUGCGAAGCGCGCGCAGGAAUGGCAGCGCGACGCGCAGCCGUCGCGAACGCAACAACCUGUGAUACUAGAUAUAAUUAAUAGUAGUAGACAUAUUAGUAAGAAACGAAUACGUCCGUGAUAUAAUAUAUAGACCUGGAUAGACAGUGUAUUGUGUGAAGCCGCCCAUAUGAUCGUCCCUAUGGCAGCGUACGCGCAAUUUGGUUACUCAUACGCGCCCCCCUCGCAGUUGCUGGUCGGCAGCAGCGGGGCGGGCACCGGCGGCGCGGCUACUUCGCCGGACGGAGGCUCAAGCUCAGCCCCGCCUCUGUCUCCUGGGGGAUCUGGUGUGGCCGGUGGCGCUCUGUCACCGGGCGCCGGCAGCCACGCCAGCACGCCAGCCGCCUCCUGCUGCGACACGCCCCGCCCUAUCAUCACAGACCCUGUCUCCGGACAGACGGUCUGUUCCUGUCAAUACGACGGGGCGAGACUCGCGCUCACCUCAUACCCGAGGCUAUCGAGUGCCGCAGUCGGUGUCUACGGCACGCCAUAUCCCUCCACCGAUCAAAAUCCGUAUCCCAGCAUAGGCGUCGACAGUUCAGCCUUUUACUCGCCUUUGAGUAACCCUUACGCGCUGAAGGAGAGCGGCGGGGAGAUGUCUGCGUGGACGUCGGCAGGCUUGCAGCCCUCCGGCGGCUACUACCCCUACGACCCGACGCUGGCGGCCUACGGAUACGGAGCCGGUUACGAUUUAGCUGCGAGACGGAAGAAUGCUACUAGAGAAUCGACAGCCACCCUUAAAGCGUGGCUCAACGAACACAAGAAGAACCCUUACCCCACGAAAGGGGAGAAAAUUAUGCUCGCUAUCAUAACUAAGAUGACGCUGACACAAGUCUCGACGUGGUUCGCGAACGCACGCCGACGACUUAAAAAGGAAAACAAGAUGACGUGGGAGCCAAAAAACAAGGCAGAUGAUGACGACGACACGAUGCUCUCAGACGAGGAGAAGGACAAAGAUGACCAAGACGAUAAACUUAAAUCCCACAAAGAUGAGGAGCGGAAAGGGGACGAGAUGCUGCAAGGGAUGCACCAUCAGCUGCUGAGCUACGGAAUAAAGGAAGAAUCUAAAAGAACUUCAGACUGUGGGGUGCCGAUUCCGGCUUCCAAACCGAAAAUAUGGUCGCUGGCAGACACCGCAGCCUGCAAAACGCCUCCUCCCGCCGCGCAGCCGUGGCCUCAACACUCAUACGGACCUCCCGAGAGAGCAGCACCAAUUGACGGUAGCUCGAACGGAUUUGCGUUACCUGCAACCGCCGCGGCAAGUCCUGCAAGCGGGUCUUACGGUCGCUACGGAGGAUUUCCUGGUAGCCAGUACAGUGGACAACACCCAUGCGUGCAUCCGGCAGCUUUUCCUGAUGUGCAAACAGAUACGCCACCGCAAACACCACCUAAUAUGAAAGUUCCGAGUGUGGCGAAUCCCCUGGGUAGCGGCGGAGGCUCGGGCUACUGCUUUCCUCGACACCAACAGUCACCUCAGCGCGACCCGUAUCACAAUCCACACCACGCGCCGACCAACCAUCAGCCUAAUCAACCUCACCACAACGAAGGCUCUGCGGCCUUCAAACCCUUCUAUAAAAGGUAAAGCACGUGGGAGCUGGGUCGCUGGAACGAACUUGAACCUAUAAGACAUCAUCAGUGGCACAGCGUUUUCAUUCUUAUGAUAAGACAACGCAUACGUAGGGUAAUAGAACUCGCCUAACAAACGACUAGGUCGAUAGACCCUUUGUAAAAUUAAAUUGAUUUGGUAAAUAAGUUUAUUUGUUUAUCGCAUAGUGUAAUUUUAAAUUCCUAAACUAUUAUGCACAUAUAAUGAUAAAGAAAUCUAUUAAGUAAAUACUUUAUACCGUUGUUAGUGAAUUGAACGAUGGUUGUCACCGGUAAUUUACUACUCAGAUGUCUAACGAAAUAUUGUAUAGAAUCGACAUUGCUCAGUAUUUUUAUAGAUUUAAGAUUGUAACAGAAUUAAUAUCCAAAUUAUUUAUAGACAAAAUGAAAGCGCAAUUACUUAUGUGUGAAUGUUGAAGCCACGAUUGGUUUUAGUGAAAAUGUGAAUGUCCUUGUUUCGUCGGCUCGAGUUUAAUGUAUUUUAAGGGUCUUAUUACAAUGUAUAAUUAGCUACGUUUCGUUAAGUUCUUCCAAACAUUUAUUUUAUUUGAACGUUAGGCUUUCUUUAGUUCAAGUGCCAGAUAUAAAUUUGUUUAGAGUAAUAAAAACUAAAUAAAGCAGUCGAUAUUUUGUUUUACACAGAAAUUUCCCUGUUCACGCAAACUAUCGUUUAAUUUUGUUAAUGUCUAAAUAAUGAUAAAAAGACGUCGAUUUGAUUAUUGUUGUUGUCUUGUAUAUAUACAUAUAAAAAAUGUUUUGUAGAUUAUCUAUUUUAGUUUGUGGAGGAUUGUACAAAGUAUUAAGGGCAGUUUCGCAGGUAUACGCGACAUUGUUGACAUUACUUCGAAAUUUAAAUUUUUAAAUAUUGUUUCAAAUUAUUAUAAUUAGAAUACAUUGUAAAUAAAAUUAUAUUCCGGAAUGUAUUUUCGUUAAAUGAAUUCAUUCGCAAAUUGAAAUAUUGUACAUUCGACAUUUCUUUGACACGCCGUAACGAGUUGGCAAAAACAAAAUUUUUCGGGAAUAAUAUAAAUAAAAAUAAUAACUUUCUUUAUCUUUAGUAUUAAUUAAACGCUAAAUUUUAUUUUAAUAUCAAUUAAUCAUUUCUUCUCCACAAAAUGUCGAAUUAAGAACGUUAGAUACGAGGACAUGACCCCGACCUAAGCAUCUGACCCGAUAUAUUUCACACGUCGCACUCGUUCGGUGAUUACAAGCCGAUCCUUAAGAAGUAACUGCUGUCAAUCUAAUUAUAAGUACAUUUAUACGAGAAGCUGUGCAAUAGCCUUGAAAUAAAUAAAAGAAGAACGAACCAAAUUUACUACAUAUUUACAACAGCACUAAGAUUGAUUUCCGAUUACUUAUAGCGGUUUUUUUUUAAAUUACGACAGAAAAAACAAUUUCUCUAUGUGUGAAUAAAAAUGUUUGUAUCGAGCGGUUGCAUACAGAAAUAAAAAUGUUUUUUAACAUUUUUACGAUUACUUUACUAUACAACGAUUCUUUAUAAUAAUUUUAUUGUAUACAGAUUUGUUAAGAUUCGAUCAUGGAAACAAGGGCGCUUUUUUAUUCACAUUGAAAUUUAAUUCUAUUUUUAAAUAAAUGAUAUACUUUCAAUUUAUUAGAUUGAAUUAAUAUUUUUACUUCGGACGCGAUAAAAAAAAUUAAGACAGCCCUGGCUUUUGUGAUCCAAUCAAAUGGAUCGAGGCUUUCAAAAACUAAACAAAAAAGGAAUUCUUAGAAACAAAAUUACUAUGUGACCAAAUCGAAUACAUUCGCUUAAUAUUAAAUGUUCUACAUAGAUAUUUAUAGAAUAUAUACCUAUUAAUAUUAUUAUUAUUAUUAUGAGUAAAAAUUAUGUAACAAUUGUAAUUAAAUCUUUAUUUCAA